GUGUAACAUAUCAAUAACUGUCACAAGUACUCUUUAUCUUCAUUUCAAUUCGCAAAAUCAGGCCGCUGAAGACGAUAACUUUUUUCUCAUCCAUUAAAAAUUAUCGAAACAAAAUAUAACACAGGAUAUCCGAGAGCACAUUUUGUCGAGCUGUAUCAGAGUCAGAACUUCUCAGAACAGCCUCCUCUCCAAAAGAGAAGACUCGGUCCGUCAAUCCUUCUCGGCGCGGGCGGAUCCCUAUGGGCGGGGUUUCCAUUUACGUUCAACUCCAUUUUGUUCCACGAAGGCGGUCUGCAGGUUCUCAUCACACCUUCCCCUCUAUUCCCACCUGGUAUCAGCCUUGGGGCAGCGUGGCGAGCGAUCGCCCUCCUCGAAGUGGAGGGAACGCGGCGGCGCACAUUGCCGGCCAGGAGUUCGCGAUACGCGUGUGCCGCGCGCGCUUAAGGCUUCUCGCUCUCGCUUCUCGAACUGUCAAUUUCACUGUCAAGCCGAUUGUAUGUGAGACCGGAAAAAAACAAUAUCAGUGAUGGUUAUUAUACAAGAUAUCAGCGACGUUCAUCGAUUAGGUCGAUUUAAAACGUGAUAGAACUCAAGAAGUUACUAGACGAGUGUAUGUGGUAUACGUUGCAACGUGAAUAAUCGGUUCAAGGAAGAUCAGAGUGUUCCGAGAUACAUGGAUACAACAUCUACAUGAAAUCUUAAAACUGUAAUGAGACAGAAAUGCUUGGAUACGCUUGGAUAAGAUUUCAAUCUUUCGAGAAUGUCACUGUCAAUAUUGAUGUUGAUUUGCGAAAUUGAUCAAACAUAUAUAAUAGACAUUUAUUUUGUUACACAAGUAAUCAGGAAGAAUCAAUUUCAUUUGGAUAUGAUAUUCAUACGAACUUAUUAUCAGAGAUAUCAGAAUUUUUUAAUCUAUCGAGAGACAUGAUAAAUCGAAGAAAGUGACUUCAAUUAUAAAUAUCGGAGUCUACAUCGGAAUUUGUUGGACAAAGAAUCAGCGCACUUGUGUGCUUAUUUGAGAUACUUUCAUAUAAUUGCCAUCAAAUCUUGUGUGCAAAGUGAUUCCGGUGUGUUCAUGUGAAAACCUUUGCUGGAACUGUCAAAUUUUAAACAGUGCUGGAGAUUGAGAUCUUUCGGGUCUCCUGUCAUGAUACCACGUGUUGAGGUGUCAUCAGCUGAUCCUUUCGUUACUCCGAAAAUAAUUGCGUGAAAGGUAACUUUUUUUGUGGAAAAAAAAAAAAAAAACAGGAAGUGACCAGAGGAGUGUAUAUAAACUAUGAAAGAGUUCAGUGAUCUCUCUGGGUACAAAACAUGCGUGCGUGAGCGAGUGUUUACGAGCUUGACAAGAGUAGUUUUUCCUGCGCGACACGCGCGGUUUGUCAGUCUGCGAUGAUACGUGCUCCUGAUAACGAUCAACACGAUACAUGCCAGCUAACGGAAUCGAUAAUACGCGACUUGAUGAUCUGAUAGCCUCGAGAAGUAUUCUUGAACGGUGACGACGGUCACUUUCGAUCGGAAACGGAAGCGUGAUACGAGCGUCGAUCAUUGUGCGAUGAGAGGAUCGAGUUUACUGAAUUGUUAAGAAAACAAUUUCCGACGCGUGGUAGCGCGAAUCACGGAGAAAUAUUGAUGCGACGUAAAAGACCCAAUCAUCGGACACUCGAAGAUAAUCGAUCUCCAGAUUGAUCACGGAAAGAAAAAUUACGAUCGAUAACGUCGACGUGUACGAUAUGUGAUGAUACGUAAUCGUUGUAUCUGUUACCUGGAAAAAAAUCCGUUUACCAUCUAAAAAGUCGAGUUAUCGUCGAAAUCCCAGAGAUAUCACGACGAACUGAUGACAGUCUAUUUAUUAAGCUAACAAUAAGUGCGCAUCCGCGACAUAUGUUACGAUUCGGAUAGAGAAACGAGAGCAGCUUUUUCGUAAAAUUGAGUUUACGUGAUUGUGACAAGCUCGGUGUAUAUAUUUUUCACAAAAAAGUUUCGACGGAAAUUGCUAUUGACUUGUCGCCAGAUCAAAGAAAGUAAUAACAUUCUGUAAAAAAAAAAAAAAAAAGUAAAGUUGCAAGUGCAAAACGACGAUAUAUAGCAAAGUACUUUGAAACUUUGUCCAACUAUAAAUUUCUUACGAGAACUAAGUGUAUCACGUUGAGUAUUAUUAUAUUAAGUGUCAUUGAACUCGAGUAUUAAUAUUGAUAUUGAUUUGCGAAAUUGAUCAAACAUAUAUAUUGAUCAAAUAUAUAUCAACAAAAGAGACGGAGGUGCAAAAAAAAACGCACGACUUUCUUAAUAAGCAGAUAAUAUUCGUUUGUGCGUCGUUAAUGAGGUCGCGCGGACGAAGAUGCGGACGACAACGCCGACGGCGAAGACGGCACGAUUUGGGUGCCUGCGGUGAGAGGACGUGAGGUGCCCGAAUCCUUUCCCUGUUCGCUAUUGAGAAUAGUGCGAAUAUCGACGAUGGAUCUCAGCACGACGCCCAGAAGAGCCACGGACGGCGUUGGUGACAUACAAAAGACUAGAGUGGCAAAGAGCGUCUUCAGCAUCCGCAGCCUCGUCAACGUCGAGGAAGCGGAACUACCCACGCAGGACAACGAGCCAAAUCAUUCGUUGCGAGGAGGCAGCGAGCAGGCUGUCCCGCAGACGAGUCCGGCGAGCAGCACAAGCAGCUCGAGCCAGGUUACUCAGGUGAGCCAGCAAUCUCACCCGCAGCCUCAUCAGCAAUCGGCGCCGCCGUCAACGACGACGACGACGCCCCAAUCUAUCCAAAUGGGCAUCUCCACGGAGGAGGUGAGGCCCGAAGAGGAAGGCGCUCAUCCGCGAGCGGCGCCGACUAGCCCCGAAAGCGAAACGGAGGCCGACGACUUCGCGCCCAAGAGAAAGCAGCGCCGUUACAGAACGACCUUUACCAGCUUUCAGCUGGAAGAGCUCGAAAAGGCCUUCUCCAGGACGCAUUAUCCGGAUGUAUUUACAAGGGAGGAGCUCGCUAUGAAGAUCGGCCUGACGGAGGCACGGAUACAGGUCUGGUUCCAGAACCGACGGGCCAAGUGGCGUAAACAGGAGAAGGUCGGGCCCCAGGCGCAUCCCUACACGCCGUAUCCACCACCGUCGGCGGUCGUGGCGCCGACCUUGCCGAACCCCUUCGCCCACCUGGUCACCUUUCCGCACAGGAAGCCCUUCGACGCCUUUCGCUAUCCGCCGCUGGGUCACGGCCCGAUCCUCCCCGGUAGUUACGCCGCUCAUCCCUAUCAUCGGGCUCCGCCGCCGUUGCUACCGCCCGGUAUGCCCCUGCCGUACACGUCCGCCGCCUCGUUUCAGAGUUUGCUGGCGAACAUAUCGGCGGCGCAGCGGCCGAAAUUGGUGCGUGGUUCGCCACCCCCGCCGCCGCCGCCAGCCCCCGCGAUUGUCUUGUCGCAUCCCUCCGUGGCGCCACCCCCGCCACCACCAACGGCCACCUCGCCGCAGAGCUCGCCUACGGGUAGCGUAGGUCUGCCGGAUAUUGACAGGAGGACUAACAGCAUCGCCUCCCUCAGACUGAGGGCCCGCGAGUAUGAGCUACAGCUGGAGAUGUCGCGUAAGAAUGGCGAUCUUAUAAGUUGAAACGUCGCGCAUUAAAUGCGGCAGUCAGCGAGUCUGUCUUAAGUCGGUUAGGUUCUGGGCGGUCGCGGAUCUCGGCGGGACCGGACAGGUUUUAUACAAAGAAUGUCGGCAGGUUGAGUCAAGAGGAUGAGCUCGAUAUACCGAUGGGAUUUUCUUAUCGACAUUCAAAUCAAAAUUCGACCAACAUGACGCGCGGUCCGGACAAAAUUUCAAAGUACACAUUUUCAGCCGAAUGUCGUAGAAAAGUAAACACGGAAAAUGAAAUAUUUAAUUAUAUACGACAAUUUUAAAUCAUGUAUGUACAUAUAUGUAUAAUGUAAUAUGUAUAUGUCACGUUGGCCAGAUUCUGACUCGAAUGUUUUUUCGGUCGAUCUGUUAUCGAUUAUUGCGAUGAAUUUAUGCAAUCAUGAUUUUGUGACAAAUGAAGACUAUAAUCAUUUUGAUAAGCAAUUGUAUAUAGCAAAUGUUAAGCACGUUUAGCAAUCGGAGCAAUUUUUUAGUAUCAAAAAAAUUAUAUGGAUCGUGAAAAGCUUGUGAUAAUUUCCGUUAUUUCGUCAGCAAAUUUUGUUGUUAGAGCUGUAAUACAAUUUUAAUGUUUUUUUUUUUCUUUCAAUUUUGUAUUGCAAGAAAAUUGGCAGAGAGAAGUUAAAAUUAACAUAACUGAAAUUCUCAAAUGUGCAGGAUCUCUUAAUGUAAUAAAAAUCAAAAUUAAUAUCUUUAAAUCGAUCAGAAUCAAAUAAUCACAAAUAAAAUUUGUAAAAGGACAAACAAAAAUAAUUGUAACCAUCUCUUCUUUCAAACUGAUAUCUAAGAUUCGAGAGAAUGUCAUUGUUUACUUAGAAAAAAAUUUAUCGUGAUGUAAUUCCGCCAAUUUCUUUUUAUUCAUCAUUUACGACAUCAGCUAACGCGAAACCGGUGAUAACAGGGAACACGUGCAACACGAAUAAAAGGAAGGAGUAAAAUUACCGUUACUCUCAUGUGUUAUACACACCAUACUGUAUAUAAUUUACAAUAUUCCGUAUGCGUGAGGGAAUUGAUAGAACUGUGCAAAUCAGGGGCCACGCAUGCGCGUAUAUCGCUGAAUCUGUUUCACACGCAUCGAAAGGUAAGUUUUCUAAUUAGUUCAUGUAAUCGGUAAUUAUCUCAGCUUCUAUUAAGGCUAAUUUCAUAUAUGUAUUGUACGACGAAUUUAUAUCAAGGGCAAGUGUUUGGUGUGGAAAAGAAUUUCCACGAAGCUAAUCGACUUUGCCGAAUUUUAUUGUAGGACAUGAAAUAUUAGCCUAAUUCUAAUUGUUAAAUGUAUGUGAAACAGAUUUUAUUCCUAGCAGAAUCAAGUUCCGAGCUGUAAGAUGACGGAAAAUCACAAAAUUAAUUAUUAUUUUAUCAAAAGAUAAACGUAAUCAAUGUAUAUAUAUAUAUAAUUUGCACGCAUUGAAAAAUAUGUCAGCUCGUACGCUCUCUACUUUAAAUUUAAAGUAGAUAAAAGAUAUUAUCUGUAUACACUUUAUAUUCACUCACAAAAUUUGAAAAAAAAAAAAAAAUAAUGAAAUUUAUGAAAAUAUAAAUAAUAAUUAAAUAUUUACAGAUAAUUAAAGAUUUUACAGCAGUUUCUUAAAUCUGCUAGGACUAAUUGAAUUAUGUGUGAAUUGUCAUUUUCUUCUCAUUAGAAAAUGACAGCGGCUCGCGUUUCCAAAGUGAUCCUUAUCUAAAUCAAUCAUCGAAAAAUAUCCGUCCACUUGGAGAUUAUUCAGUAUCAUGGAAAAAUUAAGAGUUUAGAGACUAUCGAGUAGAAGCAAGAAAGAGGCGCUUUUUGUGAAAUGGAAAAUAUCCGAAGAUAUAUACGGUCCUUUCCGUCGCGAUCGAAAUGGUCUCGCACAUCGUUGCUGACUGCGUUUGAUCGGGCAUCGCGUACAGCGCGUGGAAAGCGUGUAUUUUAUUUACUUUUACACGAAACAUUAUACAUGUUUAGAUAACGAGAAAAAAGAGAAAGAGAUACUAUUUAUAUAUAAAUCUAUAUAUAUAUAUAUAUAUAUAUAUAUAUACUUUAUAUAUUUACAAUUGAGAUAUUCUACGCUAUUGCUAUAGAUUUUACAACUGCAUAAGCAUACUUAGCGCAUAAGCCGAUCUGUAAAUAAUUGUAAACGAUCUGCGUGUCAUUUUUAACAAGGGCUUAGAAUUACCUGUCCCGUUUGCAUAAUGUACAAUAAACGAUACGUAUGCGUAGCCAUAUCGAUAGCUCGGCCACUUCUCGACGGCGUACUCACUUUCAAUUUCUUCGUUGUGAGAGAUUUUCAAAACGGCAUUGAUCUCGUUCAAUUUAAGCGACAACCAUAACAAUCGACAAUUGACAAUGUGUCGAGCGUAUGAAAGAUAUGUCGAGAGUGAUAAUCCAUUUUUUACGCGAAUUACAAUCGAGAUCGAGAUCGAGAUCGAGAUUGAAUAAACAACGUUAUCGAGCUCCACCUAUCUUAUUUCUCAAACCGAAACAGACGCGUGCAUUGUGUACUUAAUCGUAAUAUUACCUCCUUAUCUCUUCUAUGCAAUGAAUAAAUGACUAUGAUAAAACAAA